GGGACAUACGCCCCGCUAUUUGUCCAUUCCCCCCUAUUCCACCUUGAACUUGUAGUGCUCACUCCAUUCAUUUGCAUCCCUCUCUUUCCUUCAUUUCUUUCAUUCCUAUUUCUUGACAUUAGGACCAAAAAAAAAAAAAAGAAGAAAAGGAGAAAAGCACACUAUCAAAAAUGGCUCAAAAAGCUAUCGGCUUCUUGAAGCUGAUGCUUCCAAGGAUCCCCUUGAUAAUCUCCACCACUUUCAGUCACUAUGUCUAUGGCCCACCCAUGCCCUCGUGGUCCUACCGCUUCACCCUCACCGUGACCCUUCUGCGGUCCUUUAUCGCUCACAUGAAUCUCGCGCCCAUCAAGCAAUCGCAGGCUAUGUCCAUGAUGACAGAAGAAGACGCACCCGUCAAACCAGGGGCCAUUGCAUCCGGGGCCACUAUCUCAAAGUCAUACAGGGACAAGGCUGCAGAGCACGUUGCACGGCUGUUUGAUCUGAAGGGAAUCGAUUCCGCCAAUCUGGGUUGGGACUGGAAGAACGAUCCUGCUGCAGAUGGUCCGCUGAUGGCUGAAUGGACCGAGACUGUCACCAAGGACGAGAAGCACGCGGAGGGACGGACGGUUCUUUAUCUUCAUGGAGGAGGGUACAUUCUGGGAUCCAUUCUCACGCACCGAUGGGCUUCUGCCAGCAUGGCACGUCUGGGUGGAGCCAAGGUCUUUGCGAUUGACUACCGGCUCGCGCCGGAUUCUCCUUUCCCAGCAGCUAUUGUGGACUCAUUGGCUGCGUAUCUGUACUUGCUUCAUCCGCCUGCCGACUCGGGCUUUGCUCCUGUGGAUCCCAAGAACCUGGUCAUUAUGGGCGACUCUGCCGGCGGAGGAUUGGCAUUCGGUGCCAUGUUGGCGAUUCGAGAUGCAGGUCUUCCUAUGCCGGCUGGCGUCGUUGGUCUCAGUCCGUGGCUGGAUUUGCUGCAUUCGAUGCCUUCGGUCCUGACCAAUGCACACUCGGACUACAUUCCAGCCGAGGGAUUCACACAGGGCGGUCAGGGCUCGGUCAAGAAGUUGGCGAAGCUCGCUUCUGCGAUCGAUGAGAGUAUUCUCCUGCAUCAUGCGGAAAUGCCGGAAAUUCAAUAUUAUGCGACCAAUGCGCUCCUGGAUUGUCCUUAUGUCAGUCCUUUGAUGGAGAAGAGUCUCGAAGGAGCAUGUCCCAUGCUAGUGAUUGCUGGAAACGGAGAGAUGUUGCGAGACGAGUCGAUUGUGUUUGGACUAAAGAACGCGAAUGCUUCGCCCACGUUGCAUCUGCUCAUGUACGACGAUAUGCCCCAUGUGUUCGCCAUGUUCGACUUUUUGGUCAGUGCUGGCGAUUGUCUUGAGGCCGCGGGAGAGUUCAUUCGAAAUGUCACUCUAGGCGGCAAGGAUAUUCCGAACAAGAGUUAUCUCCGCGUCGGUGUCGAUGGUCGACGAAGGCCGCUUGAGCAGGACGCUGUUGUGGGCUGGGAGGAGCGUGUGGGCAAGCUUGGUGGAGGACACAAGGUCCUUGCUGGUCUUCUGUAGAGGGCUAGACUAGAAUAGUGUUGGCAGGUUGCAGUGCAACAAGAAAAAAAAAAUACAUAUAUACCCCAGAGUACGUUC